AUGGCCGCCUCAUCGACCGCAAAAACCACCUACCGCGCGAUCCUCCGCGAACUCCCUCGCCGUUCCCUCUCCUCUCCAACACCGCUGCACAACCGAGUCCGAGAGUCGUUUCGGAAACAGGCCACUGAGUCAUCGGCUAGCGAGCAAAUAAGCGAGGAAGCGCAGCGAAAAAUCCACCAGGCGGAGCAGUUUGCGCUGUAUGCGAAGGCGCAGCGCGAGUAUGUGAGGUUGGUGGAUAGGUACAAUCCGGGCUCGUGGAUGGACGAGGAAGACAGAAUUAGGCUCACGGCUAGGAGAGUUGGGCUGGAUUUACCGGAGUUACAUAAGGAGGGAAAGGAGAAAGAGAGUGCUUGA